ACAAGUGUUUAUAUGCUUUUUUUUUUAACUCUGAAAGUACUUUCCCUGUUCUGUAACUGUCAGGGACUUUCACCUUAAGAGUAAUUAAAUACAAACUCAGGAUCGUCUGAAGUGAUAAAACACCAAUCAUCCAUCUCUUUCCUGCGAUACUCCUUCCAUCUUUUCACGUUACGCUUAUACACACAGUGGGAGGAUGAUCUGGUUUGUCUACAUGUCAGCCACUGGUAGGCCAAUCAUUGGAAUCACAGUGUUGUCUUUCUAUUAGUUACACCCACAUGAGUUAUGUAAAAGGCCUUCAGCCCUGUUAUCUAAUGAAACUUUGGGGUUUUUUUUUACAGAUGGCCCUUUCCUCCUCCUUCUGCAAGACAUGGACAACAACACACUUGUCACUUUGUAGUUCCUAUUAGUCAGAUUCAGGGGUUAUGUUUUUAUUUGGUUUAUUUUGGAUUGAAACAUCUUAAGACAUCCUUGUUACCUGAUGCUAUGUAUCUUGCUCACUUUGGCAAUUAUGGAUAAAGCCUUAUUUAAUCUCCCCCAAUCUCCCAUUACUGCAUCAAGUGCCUGUAGGUAGGAAAUAAUGUGAAUGUCUUUGUUUUGAUGUAUUACACCUGUGAUAGGCCUUUUAAUAAUCAAUUUUUUUUUAAUCUUUUACACCUGACGCAGACAAAACAGUUGCCACAUUUUAGUCAAGAUCAAAAAGAUGAGUUUUUCUGUAGAUUAUUGCCCCUGAUUGCUUAACUUAUCCGCCCCCUUCUAAUCACAUGGAAACACACCCUCUACAUGCAAACCCCUUACUCUAAAGUUAAUUUUUAAUCUAUUUUCAGUAUAUACCGGUAUAUAAACUGUGACUAUAUAUGUUCUUCUUGAUGGAAUGGUGGUGACACUAAUUAAAUUUUCUCUCUGACUCUCCAAUACUUUGAUUUCCAUCACACCUUGUGGAUCAUGGCUGGAUAUCUUACAUGGCUGUGGAGGUAUAGGAAUUACAUUGUGAUAGUCCUGACACCUCUUCUUCUUCUGCCUCUGCCACUGAUCAUCCUGACCCCGGAAGCAAAAUGUGGCUUUGUGAUAAUCCUCAUGGCGCUGUACUGGUGUACAGAGUGUAUCCCUCUGGCUGUGACCGCCCUGCUGCCUGUCGUUCUGUUCCCCAUGAUGGGCAUCAUGGAGUCAGGCGAGGUUUGUAUCCAGUACCUGAAAGACUCCAACAUGCUCUUUGUUGGGGGGCUGCUGGUGGCCAUUGCUGUAGAGCACUGGAACCUACACAGGAGGAUUGCCCUUCAAGUUUUGCUUAUUGUAGGGGUGAAGCCAUCUCUUCUGAUGAUUGGUUUCAUGAGCACCACAGCCUUUCUGUCCAUGUGGAUCAGUAACACAGCCUCUACAGCCAUGAUGCUGCCCAUUGCAAACGCUGUGCUGCAGCAGCUGUCUGACACAGAGGCCAACGCUGAAGAGAGGGAUUAUAGUCUGACUGCUGCAAAGGAUGGUCAGGAAAACCAGGCAUUUGAGAUGGGUGACCCUAAAGAAAGUAUUGAUAAGGAGCUCAAACCAAAGGACAGCAGCAUCAACAUGGGCCUCAGCUCUGUCCCUCCAGAGGUUUGUGAGAGGAGUCAUGAGGCGGAGCAGCGAAGACUGAAGAGGGAGGAGAAGUACACAAAGCUGUCAAAAGGCAUGAGCCUGAGUGUUUGUUACGCUGCCAGCAUUGGAGGGACAGCCACCCUCACUGGAACCACACCCAAUGUCAUCCUGAAGGGCCAGAUCGAUGAACUCUUCCCAGAUAAUGGAGGCAUAAUCAAUUUUGCAAGUUGGUUUGGCUUCUCAUUCCCCAACAUGGUGCUAAUGCUCGCUCUGUCUUGGCUGUGGCUGCAGUUUAUGUUUUUGGGCUUCAACUUGAGAAAGUCCUUUGGUUGUGGCACAAAGAAUAAUGGUGACAGGGAAGCUUACCAGGUAAUCAAAGAUGAGUACAAAACGUUGGGCAGGAUGGGCUUCGCGGAGGGCUGUGUGCUGGUUAUCUUCACGUUGCUGGUUCUUCUGUGGUUUACCAGGGAGCCUGGGUUCAUACCAGGCUGGGCCACUGUGCUGUUCAACAAAGACAAGGAGUAUGUCACAGAUGGCACUGUGGCCAUAUUAAUGUCAGCACUCUUCUUCUGUAUCCCGUCCAAUUUGCCCAGAUGCUGGGGGACAUCCAGUGAUGGGGCCCCAGCUGAAGCCGCUUCACCUCUGCUUAGUUGGGACAUCGUCCAUGAAAAGAUGCCUUGGAACAUCCUUUUACUUCUGGGAGGAGGUUUUGCAUUGGCCCAUGGAAGUGAGAAAUCUGGACUUUCUGAGUGGCUGGGAGAAAGUCUCAUCCCUCUGCAGAACAUCCCUCCUUUUGCCAUCUCCAUCCUGCUGUGUCUGCUGGUGGCCAUGUUCACCGAAUGUUCCAGCAACACCGCCACCACCACUCUCUUUCUGCCAAUACUGGCCUCCAUGGCCACCUCCAUUAAGAUACACCCGCUGUACGUCAUGUUUCCCUGCACCAUCGCUGCCUCGCUGGCUUUCAUGCUGCCUGUGGCCACUCCACCCAAUGCCAUCGCCUUCUCCUAUGGCAACCUUAAAGUUAUGGACAUGGCCAAGGCUGGAUUCAUUCUGAACUUUCUUGGAGUCAUAACCAUCAACAUUGCCGUAAACACGUGGGGUGUGGCGAUGUUCCAGCUAAAUACCUUUCCAAGUUGGGCUAAUGUCACCAAAACACCUUGAAUAUGAUCCCAGGAAAACUGUAAACAGAGGAGAAAGAGGGGAAGAUGAACAGUAUCUGCUUAUCUAUCAGGAUUCUGCCACUGGAGGACUGGGCUGACAGCUCCCCUGUAUAUUCCAGCCAGUAGCCUGAUGUGCACCAAGGCCUGUCCUUGAGUGCUGAUAUGGGUUUUUCUAUGCAGCUUUCAGUCUCAUAUCCUGCCUCACAUUGUGAUGUUGCUCAGAAACCAGCUGGUCAUGCUGACUGGAGACACUGCAGAACCAUUAGCUGAUACUUUGACUAAACUGAGUUCAGCUCAUUUAGACAAAUCAUCUACAAAGCAGAUCAGAUCAUUUUAUCUCCAAGAUUAAUGUUUUGUUUUUCACCUACAAGACAUAAUAUUUAAAAACAAGUGUUUAUGCUAGCAGACUAUGAUAAGAAAUAUAUAUUGUGGCAAAACUUUGUUCUCAUUGCACCUGUAAUAAACAGAGUUACACAAUCCUAAUAUAAUAAACUAAAAUUUAACCAAAAAAAACAAACGAACAAAAAAAAACAACCAAAAAAACAUCAAUGAAAACACUUUAAUUAUUCAGAUUAAUUUGUGUUGGUUGUCAAUGACAGAAUAUUCAGUUUCCAAGAAAAUAAAUAUUUGGAAUAGGGAUGCUGCAGGUUCAAGGGUAUACUGUAGUUUUUAACUGUUAAAUUUGAUGAUGGGCUCAAAUCUCAUUGCCAUCGAUAGGAUUACGACCACUGGGUCCCCAAUUGAUUUAAGGAGAUCCAAGAGGAUAGAAGGCAAAUCCCUUCAAGUUUCAAUGUGGGAGGAAUGCAAAAUGAUGGGAGGUAAGGGAAAUCAAUUCUAGGAAACUGCCUGAAAACAUUUGAUUGAACUCCUUGGCAGAGGUCCGAAUAUCAGCUGUAUGUGAAGGCCUGGAGCAAAAGGGAUUUUAAAAUCAUGAAUCUACAGUACACAGAGGUCAUAAGAGUAAGCAGUUAUAAAAUCAAAACCAUUUUUGUUUAAUCUAGCUACCAUUCUUCUGGUAAAGACAGAAAAGACAACAUCACGCAAAGGAAAAACUAUCACUCUCUCUCCUGUUAAAUUGGUUCUCACAGUAACGGAAGUUAUUAAAGGUGUGAUGGAUGUCUAAUAUCAGAGGUAAGACAGUAUUUUUAUAUCAGGAUAUCUUCUGCCUUACUCUUGUGUACUUCAGUUCUUUUUCUUCACAUGAUGUGAGUGGGUUUUAUGUCUGUCAAGUUCCACUUGUAAUGUUAUGAUGCUGCAGUACAUUUUCAGCUUAAAAGCUCAGGUGGAUUGUUAGUAUUUGGUCUAAGUCUCAGGUUACUGAACCUGAGCAAUUAAUAGCAAGAUCUGAAUCUAUAUGUAGCUAACCAUCUGCAAUCCUCAUACUCCCUGGAAAGCUUUACCACUUGAUUGUACUAGCAUUUCUCAAUGUGUUUUUUAAUAAGGGCCCUGAAUCAGUGAUGAAAUAGUAAUUGUGAAUAUGACAUACUGAGAGCUUUCAUUUUGGAGAGACAGCUGCACAUGUUGUUAUGAAAUUUCCCUGGGACAGACAAAAUAAUUGCUGAAUGUGUAUAUACCUCACCCUGAUGCGUGAGGUAUUCAGUGAUAAAUCUCACUGCCUCUCGCUGCCUCAGGGAGUUUCCUCAGUUUUCAAAAGACACUCAUAAAUCACUCUCUCUGAUUACAUAAAAUAUGGAAUUAGAUCUUACACUCAUCCUCUGCUUUAUGAAUGCUUUUAAUGAGAGAAAAAUCAUUGAAAUUGUUAUGAAUCUAAUGAAAACAAUUAAAAUGGACUGACGAACGCCGCUUCAUAGAUUUAAGAGAGGGGUCGUGAGACAACACAAUAAGAAAGCAAAACAGGCAUAUUUCUGCUUCACCAAAAUCAGGGUUUUUUUUUUAAAUAGUUUCAGACUUUAUUAUGGUCAGGCUUAU